AUACCACAUUUGACCUCAUUUACUGUGAAAGCUAUCAUCAAUAGUAUAGUAAAAGUAAUCUAUCAUUGCUUGAUCACUCUCCAAGAUGUCAUCCUCCCAGGACAUUUACAAAAAACAGAAAACUUGCAUGCAAGUAGCCACUAACGUGACUGAACAAAAGCACCAUGUAUCGAGAGCCAAACGAGGACAAAUCUUGGGACAACCCAGAGGCUUCAGGGGUUGUACUGUCUGGUUCACUGGCCUAUCAGGGGCAGGUAAAACCUCCAUAGCUUUUGAACUGGAGGCCUACCUCAUAUCACACGGAAUUCCUGCUUAUGGCCUGGAUGGAGACAACCUAAGGACAGGCUUGAACAAAGAUUUGGGCUUCUCCAAGCAAGAUAGGGAGGAGAAUAUUCGCAGAGUGGCAGAGGUGGCUAAAUUGUUUGCUGAUGCAGGGCAGAUUUGCUUGUGCAGCUUCAUUUCUCCUUCUGCUGAGGACAGGGAUGUGGCCAGACGUAUCCACAGAGAUAGUGAUCUCAUGUUCUUUGAGGUAUUUGUGGACACACCCUUGGAUGUGUGUGAACAGAGGGACACUAAAGGGUUGUACCAGAAAGCCAGAAAGGGUGUCAUUAAAGGUUUCACAGGCAUUGAUCAAGCCUAUGAAGUUCCUGAACAUCCUGAACUGGUAGUGAAAACUGUUGAUUGCAGUGUAGAAGAAUCUACUCUGCAGGUUGUUGAGAUGUUGCAAGAAAAUGGGAUAAUCCCCUUUAUUCAAGAAGAGGAAGAGAGAAUACCAGAGUUAUUUGUACCAAAACAUAGACUUGCUGGUGCUUUAGAGGAAGCAGAAUCUCUACCUAGGUUGCAGAUCACCAUGUUAGAUUUACAGUGGCUACAAAUUUUGAGCGAAGGUUGGGCAUACCCUUUGAAGGGCUUCAUGCGCGAGGACCAAUUCUUGCAAUGCCUGCACUUCAACUGCAUUCAAACUGAGGGCAACCCGGUGAGCCAAAGCGUGCCCAUAGUGCUGCCCCUAACGUCGAUGGACGUGGACCGACUGAAAGACUCUUACGCCAUUGCGUUGCAUUACGGACAGACUUGCUGCGCCAUCUUGCGGAAGCCGGAGUUCUACCGGCAAAGGAAGGAGGAGCGAGUGGCCAGACAAUUCGGCACCACUAACAAGGAGCAUCCCUAUAUCAAGAUGGUUUACGAGGCUGGAGAUUGGUUGGUCGGAGGCGAUUUGGAGGUGUUGCAGAGGAUCACUUGGAACGACGGUCUCGAUCGAUACAGAUUAACUCCCAACGAGUUACGGGCGAAAUUCAAGAGUAUGGGGGCCGAUGCAGUGUUCGCCUUCCAACUCAGGAAUCCGAUCCACAACGGACACGCCUUGCUGAUGACAGACACCAAAAAGCAGCUCCAAGAGAGGGGAUACAAAAAGCCGGUUUUGUUGCUUCAUCCCUUAGGUGGCUGGAUCAAAGACGACGACGUCCCCCUACCGACCAGAAUCCUCCAACACGAGGCCCUCCUCGACGACGGGCCACUAGAUCGUUCCUCCACCGUUCUCGCCAUCUUCCCCAGUCCCAUGCAGUAUGCCGGACCCACUGAGGUGCAGUGGCACGCGAAAGCGCGUCUCAACGCAGGCGCCGAUUUCUACAUAGUGGGAAGGGACCCGGCCGGCGUGCCCCAUCCUGCCGGCAAAGAUGGCUCGGCCGACGGGAACCUCUAUGAUCCAGAGCACGGGGGGAAGGUGUUGAAGAUGGCGCCUGGGCUCAAGGCGCUCGAGAUCAUUCCGUUCAGGGUUGCAGCGUACGAUAAGAAGAACAAAAGAAUGGCAUUUUUCGAUCCGUCGAGGCAAGAGGACUUUGAGUUCAUUUCAGGCACUAAAAUGAGAUCUUUGGCGAGAAGCGCUGUCAGCCCUCCAGAAGGGUUCAUGGCGCCCAAGGCUUGGGAGGUACUCGCAGGGUACUACCAAGGGUUGAAUAAAUGUUGAGAGGUGGCCGAAAAUGGAUUUGUUAUGAACUUUUAUCAGUAUUUUUGUCAAUUUCGAUUAUUAAUUUUAUGUAUAUUUGAUCAAAAACCGAUGGGUUUGUCCUGUUUUAUAUAUUGUUUAUGUUGUGUUUCGAAUAUAUUUUAUUAUAUACUAUAUGUACCCG